GGAAAUUCUGAUUGUGUUACUACCAAAAUUCAUUGUUGGCUCAAGAAUAUUGUUCUUUCUGGCUCGUGCCAAGUUUGAAACUCGAAUCCAUAUGUGGGUGCAUUUGGCCCGGCCAACUAAUUACUAGUCUUUUAAAUCCCGUGACCAUUUUGAAGAAAAAAUGAGUGUUGAACGGGCAGAAAGGAGACAGAUAGUCAGGUUUCCAGCUCUUGACGGUUUCAUGGCUCGGCCAAUGAUGUAGAAAGAAGGAAGGAGACUUCAUAGAAACUUGGGGGCAAAUGAUGUAGAAAGAAGUGAGGAAGGAAAGAAACUUCAUAGAAACUGAGCCUUUUCCAAUCCUAACAGACCGGAGUUGGUUUUGUUUCUUCAAGAGAGUGAUUACCAGUUUUGUUGAGGACAUUUUGAUGGAGAGGGAAAACCCUUUAGUGAAAAGAAAUAUGUCAAGUUUUAGCGUAUUUAGUGGGAAAAGCAUCCCUUCCAAUCUUCAGAGUGAUAAUCAAAAGGCGGUGCCAUCAACUGCUCUAGAGAAUCUGAUGAAAGAAAGUGAAGAUUUAAAUACAAGAGAUGGUCAUUCUUCCAAUGGUGAAGAACGGGGUGAAACCCAAAUUCAGCAUUCUGAUUCAUCAUUGUCCACCAUAAAUAGCCCUGAUGACUCUCCACAAAAUGGAAAUCUUAAGCAUUGCAGAAUCGAGAGCUCGUCAGGGCAUGAAGAUGCGAUGUCAAGAAGCCUAACAGGUUCAACUCAAAGCUUCAUUGACCACCUUGCACAAGAAGAAUUCAGCUCCACUGCAGUUGGACCUCAUUUUCACCCGUUUCCAUGCUCCAGUAGCGUUUCUAUCAGGUCAAAUAGCAGCACUGCCAGCUCCCAAUCUUUUGCAUUUCCAAUAUUGCAAUCAGAGUGGAAUGAUAGCCCUGUUAGAAUGGCAAAACCUGAUCAGAAACAAAUGAGAAAGCAACAAAGUUGGAAGAUUUGUUUCCUCUGUUGUAAAUUCUGAAACUGUGUUGGUGUGAUCACAGUUGAUAGAAUUUCUCCUAUUUGAACUGUAAUUGGUCUGUAUAUUGUAAUGAUUGAGUUAAUCUAAUAGAAAGUGGCAUUACUU